UGUAUUAUGCAUGAUAUUUUAUUGCUUUUUAUAAUAAACAUUUUAGGUGGUGGAGCAAUCGAAAUGGAAUUAUCCAAGUACUUGAGAGAUUAUUCUCGUACAGUAGCCGGAAAACAACAACUUUUAAUAGGAGCAAUGGCAAAGGCUUUAGAAGUUAUUCCAAGACAGUUGUGUGAUAAUGCUGGAUUUGAUGCUACUAAUAUCUUAAAUAAAUUAAGACAGAAGCAUGCCACAGGUGGUCAGUGGUAUGGUGUAGAUAUUUUUAAUGAAGACAUAGCAGACAAUUACGAAUCUUGUGUUUGGGAGCCUGCCAUUGUUAAAAUCAAUGCUCUGAUAGCCGCUACAGAAGCUGCUUGUCUUAUUUUAUCCGUCGAUGAAACUAUUAAAAAUCCAAAGUCGGGUGCAGAAGAAACAAAUGCCGCCAAAGCACUGACCGGAAGAGGAAGAGGAAGACCUCACUAAAAUUCCAUUCUAAGAUUAUUUAAUUGAAAGACUCAUUAAAUUCCAUUUUCUUUAAUAAUACAACAGCUUGUUUGGAAGAACAGGAAUAAUAAUGUUAAUGUUCAUUUUACAAGAUCCGCCACUAUUCAUUUUGAGUAUUUUUCAUUGUUUAAUUUUAUAAUAAAAUAAUUUAACAGU